UACAAAUGCUCACGCAUCACUUUAACUGACUCCGAGACUUGACUGGAUUGGAAACUUCCCUGGUUUCUUCCUCAACCCUAUGAAGCACUAUAAGCAUUGAAAUGGAUUCGCGUUCAGCAGAAGGAUGUGGGGGGUCUUCCUCACGACGCGAGCACGCGCAACUCCUGUGCGGUUCUAAACGGGAAUAAUGACUCUACAGGACUGAGGCUUACAAGGGAGUGAAGCUUUACUAGCUUUAUUAUCAAUGAAAUGGGGGACAAGUUCGAGCUGCUGAAGACGGCCAAACGGAGCGCUCAGCGUCAGAAGGCGAGAGAGGGGAAAGUGCGGCUGCGGGUCAUCUUCCUGGACGACAGCGAGCGGGUUUUUGAGGUCGAGCAAAAGAUCCUGGGCUGUGAUUUCUUCAAUAAGGUCUGUGGUCACCUAAAGCUCUUGGAGAAAGAAUACUUCGGCCUGGAAUUCCGUCACCACAACGGCAGCUACGUGUGGCUGGAACUUCUGAAGCCACUGGCUAAACAGAUCAAGAAUACCAGUGAUCCGGCAUUCCGUUUUAUUGUGAAGUUUUUCCCACCGGACCCAGGCCAGUUGCAGAAAAGCUUGACCAGGUAUCUAUUUGCUCUUCAGAUAAAACAGGAUUUGUCUAAUGGGAGCCUCACAUGUAAUGACAAUAGUGCUGCACUGCUGGUUUCUCAUAUACUGCAAGCAGAAAUUGGGGAUUAUGAUGAAGAAUUGGAUGCUCAUCACUUAGAGAACAAGCAAUAUGUGCCAAACCAGGAGUACCUGGACCACAAGAUCAUUCGCUUUCAUAAGAAACACAGAGGUCACACUCCUGCCCAGUCAGAUGUGCAUUUGCUGGAAGUUGCGCGGAAGCUGGACAUGUACGGCAUUCGUCCACAUCCUGCCCAUGACGGGGAAGGCAUGAGGAUAAAUCUGGCUGUCACUCACAUGGGUGUACUUGUGUUUCAGGGUAACACAAAGAUCAAUACCUUCAGCUGGGCCAAGAUCCGCAAGCUGAGCUUCAAGAGGAGACACUUCCUUAUCAAACUUCACACUGAGGCUGGGCCUUCACGGAGGGACAUGGUUGAGUUCACCAUGGCAAGUAGAGAUAUUUGCAAAACCUUCUGGAAGAUGUGUGUGGAAUACCAUGCUUUCUUCCGUCUGGCUGAAGAGCCCAAGCCACAUCAAAAGUCCCUCCUCUCCAGCAAGGGAUCCAGCUUCAGAUACAGUGGCAGGACACAGAAGCAGCUCCUAGAAUGUGUAGGAACUGGAGAUCACAAACACUUACCGUUUGAGAGACCACAUUGCAAAUCUGACCACGAAUCUAGGCAAUGCAAAUCAUCCCCUGACUUACUCACUGACAUUUCCAAACAGCUCUAUGAGCAGGCCUAUCCAUUCCCCCAUUUUGCUGUUUCUGAGCACCACAUGGACAUGUUUUCUGAUCAGCUUGAGAGAUCACGGCCCUUGUCAAGAAACCCUGCCUUCUCAAGCAAGUCUGCAUCUCCAAAGCUGCGUUCAUUAUCCACUUCGGGAGUGGAGCGUCAAGGCAGGGGGUCCCAAAGACCGAGGGCAAAGAGACGCCAGUCGCCCAGCGCUCAGCACCUGGUCCUCCUGUAUCCCAACAGCCCCCAUCUGCAAUUUCACCCAGUCCUGCCAACAUUUCCUCUUCCAGCUUACCCGUACCUGCUUCAAGACCAUACUUCUUCUUCUCUGGACCGCCUAACACAAGCUCAUCAGAGUCUUACUCCUCUGAAGCAUUUGUCCAGGCAGACAGGCCACUCUUCUUCACCUGCUUCUUCUCUCUCUCCACCACGACGGCAGCAUCAUCUAGAGAAGCUCCGCAUUUCUGGGCUGGGAUUGGCUGGAUCAAGGCCAUACCCCCUAUCAGGAGGAGACGGGGGGUUGGGCUUGAACAGAAGGCUCAACACAGGAAGGACGGAAGCAGGGCACUACAGUGAUGACUCCACCUUUCAAACUGGAUUACCUCGUCGAGCCUCAAGCCAACCAAACGUGAAAUUCCAGAGACCUACACUUGCUUCCUCUGCUGCUGCCCAUGCUUCAGAGUUCCGGCCUCUGGGGUAUUAUCCCCACCUUUCACGUCAUCAGGUUCCUUCUAGACCCACCUACCUCCCUCUAAGCACCACCCCCUUGCCAGAAAGGCCUGCCUCUUUGUGUGUGCUUGGCACAGGGAAUUACAGUGAUUCAGACUCUGACCCCUUCUAUCCCUAUUACUGCCCUGCUCUGGGCAAAGUGGUACAUUCUGGCCCACUAGCACGCAUGCGCUUCUCUUCUGGAAGCCUGCAACUAGAUGAGGAAGAAGGGGAGGAGGACGAAGAUAUGGACAAUCAGAGUGAAGGGGAGAACAGUGCCCUCACUUCUGUCAAGGUAAUGAAAUUGUAGUUCUACUCGUUAGGACAACUUGCACAUAGUUACUGAACUAUAGUCAAAAUAAGAUAAUAUUCUGAUAAUAUUUUCUUGGGCAAUAGGCAAUAGGCCUACCCUGUUCUCAACAAAUACAGUCACCAUGAUUAUAAAAUGUCUGGAAUCAUAUCAUUUCAAUAUACUUUUAUGCUUGUGUGUACAAACCAUGUGUAAAAGAUGUUGUCAGCAAUUUCUGCCUCAUCUUAUGUUUCUAGUUAUUUGUUUUGCAAGUGACUGUCAUGUAUUGGAAGCACUCUCUCCCCACAAAAGUGUGGGUGCAUUUUAGUGCCAGUAUUAGGACAAAGCUGAGCAAAAGAAUGGUAUUACUCUAUGUGCCCUCUUAUUGCAUCUCCAAAAUGACAGUGAGCAGUAAAAUCUUAUUGACUGAAUUAUAUACAACAAAUGAAUAUCUAUGAUAAAACUGGGCACUUAUUUAAAUAUACUGACAUCAUCAUGUUGGACGAUCAAACUUUUAUAGCAAUGUACUUUUACCUGCAGUGGAAGCAAUGCUGUAUAUUCAGAAGACAAGAGUGGGUGUUUGAUCACAUGUGCCUUAUCUGAAUAUUGCCAUAAUCUGAUUAUAAUCUGAAUAUUAAUAUGCUUGGGGACAAUGCAACACAAUGAUUGUUUCUGGUUGAGACUGAAAUUAGAUUGAAACUCAGCUUUAAAAGCAAAACUGAACUAAUGCAUUCUUAAAGGAAUUGAAAGGAAAAUUAUUUUUUCAGAGUGAUCAGUCGUUUAUUCAAGAUAUAUCAAAUAUAAAAACUACAUAAGGUUAAUCAAACCAGAGAGUAUAAGUACAGCCUUCAUGCAGCAUUGAGCCAGUAAUAUACAGAAACUAAUGUGACUUAUUGAAAAGCUGAACAUUGUCAGGAUUAGUCUAUGCCAACCCACCUUGGACCUGACAAGUUGCAUCAUGGAUGUGCAUGUAAUAAUUUGAGCAAAACUGUCCAUUUAAUCUGUGCAACCAUGCAAAAUUUCAAAAUGAUGCCAAAUAUUUAUAUAUAUAUGUGGACUGUACUUAAAAUUUAAUAUUUGUCAGGUUUCAAUUUUCUUUAUUUUAUUAUUGUACUUGUACAUUGUAUGUUAUACUCCUACAUGUCUAUCACACCUAGGAAUUAUUAAUUUCUUUAUGCAAUAUCUCAAGCUACACCACAAAUUCAACAUGAUUUCACAAUGAAACAUCUAUCCAUCCAUCCAUCAUUGUUGACCGCUAGUCCAGACAGGGUCACGGUAGCAGUUGG